UUUUGUAUUACCUUUAUCCAAGAAUGCAUCUCAUGGAAACAAGAGAGUUGUGAAGGAGGUGGAGCUGAUAGACGGAUAGGACACACAAUCACCUAUGACACAGAAAAGAAAGUUUUGUAUGUCUAUGGAGGAUCAAAGACAAAAAGAUGGUUCAGUGAUGUCAACAUUCUAGACCUUCAAACAAAUACCUGGUCAGCUGUCAAGGCUGUCGGCCAUGCACCAACCAGAGCAUAUCACAGCUGUAACUCGUUCAAUGGAGAGCUCCUGGUGUUUGGAGGAGUGUUCCCUAACCCUGAUCCACAGCCUGAUGGCUGCAGUAAUGAACUUUACAUCUUUAACACUUCGGCAAAGAAUUGGUACAAACCCAUCACAAGUGGGACCCCGCCCAAGCCCAAAUCAGGUCACUCGGCAUCCUUGUUAGGAGACAGAUUAGUCAUAUUUGGAGGCUGGGAUUUUCCACAGUGUUUCAAUGAUGUUACUAUUAUAGAUUUAGCUGUGAUGGAGUUUUCCACUCCCACUAUCACUGGUACAUUACCCUCACCUCGUAGCUGGCAUGCUUCCACAGUUCUUCCAAGACAGAGGAUUUUUGUUCAUGGUGGAUACGAUGGCAAUCAGAUACUGACAGACUCCUUUGUUUUCGACUUGGGGACAUUGACUUGCACUACAGUUAAGACCAGUGACAGUCUCACCCCACGUGCAGGACAUGUUGCUCUCUGUUUACCUGUAGAGAAUGAAACGAAUAACAAAGAAGAAAUUGCUGUGUUUGGAGGCGGUGACAAUGCCGGAGGAUAUUUCAAUGAUCUUGUUAUCUUUUCACCUAGUUAUAAUUGCUAACAUAAAGUAAAAAAGUAGUGUUUGAGUCAAGAUCUAGAGUUAAUUUGAUAGUUUUUAAUGGUUCCUAAAGCAAAAUUAAUGAGUAAGUGUAUUCUAAAAACGUCUUCAUUUUCAACUUUUUUCAGUACAACCCUAUUUUUUAAUAGUACCAUAAGCCGUUAUCCAGUUGCCACAGUCAAUUGGUAUCAUGACUUCAUAUCAGAUGAUGGUGUGCUAAUCAUUCCUGGAUUAUAUCAAAUAUAUCCCACCAAAAUUUACCUGGUGAGAUACAACACCAGAAUUCUCCUGUUGUUAAGAUACAACAACAACCAGACAUAUCAGACGUAAGGUACAGACCAAGGAAGUAUUUUCAUCUGUAUAUAGACCUUUUUCCUUGUUACUCAGAAGUCAUUUUUAAAAUUAUUAUACUUUCUGGGUUGCAACUCCAUCCCUGGGUUUCUUGACUUACUUAAGACCCCAUUUAUGUGGUCUCUGAUAGUCAAGACAACCAUUUAUAUGAUCUCAGAAAGCCAAAACAACCCUCCCUCCAAGGCAACUUUAUCACAAGUUUAUGAGAAAUGAUUGUCCCUGUUGACUUAGUCAGUGGUCCUGAGAGGUUAUCCAUGGCCCUAAAAUAUUCAAAUACAGAAUUAUCCCACUUUCUUUGAGUUUCCUUUGGUCGUUUGAUCACUGUGGGCUUUGUCAAGUUAAUUUUUUAGUGAUAUAUCGCCGCUGUAAAAGCUAAAAUUUGACAUUAGGCAAAACUUGCCAUGCCAUGAGUUGUCCUGUUUACCCCUAUGACAGCUUGGGGAAUAUCAGACUGUUGUUUGACUUCUUAAAUGAAACAGUGAACUGUUAAAAGUAAACUGAGGUGAACUUGGGAGGGUUAUCUCUGGUACUAAAGACUACAUGAAUGGGGCAGUAGACACAAGACAACUUGUGGCGAAUCUUAUAUUUCAAAGUAAAACAGGUAGUGGUGCCACAAAAUGUACUAGUUCUUGGUCUUAAAUUAACUUCCAUCGCCACUUUUACAAGUGCCAUGUGUACAGUACUUAUUGUAGUGUAAUACAGGAUAUAGUAUUUAAUUACCCAACAAAAUGAGCUUUGCACUAGUUAGGGAGUACAUUUUUAUGUUGUUGUUUGUCCAUUAGAACUAUAUUAAAGAUUCACUUAUUUGAAUUUGGUAAAUAGUUCCCUUCAUGCUAUCAGACAUACCUUCAAAAAGGGCCGAUAAACGAAAAAUUCUGAAUUUGAGUUUGUCAAAAACAAGGAAUAGAAAACUUAUUCCCUCUCCUAACAGAAGGUAAUUUAAGAAGUUGGCAUGCUGUUCCUAGAAGCAUGUGCUGGUUUUCUGGAUAUGUGGUUGGGACAGCAUCCUGCUCUGGGAUGGAACUUGGGGGGUUCGGUUAAAAAAGAUAAGACAAUUGUUAUAACAUGCUGACUUAGUCUCGUAAUGCUGAAAUCCAUUUCUGAGGACCUCAAUUUUACAAAUUUUCCAGGGGACUGCCCCCAGACCCUCCUUUGGCAGUCAAUAUCCCAAAUCGCCUUCUCUAAAAUCCUGUAUCUGUCCCACCUUCUUUGCAGUUUUCUGUCUUGGCCACUUAACUUUCCAACUUCACUGGAGUCAAUUUGAAUUAAUAGUCAGGGUUCCUAAGGCUCCAGGAAAACCUGGAAAGGCCUGGAAUUUUAUUAUGGCAUUUUCCAGGGCUGGAAAGUCCUGGAAAAACACUACUGGUCCUGGAAAGUG